CCCCAAAGGAGCACCCGCACCUCCCGGGGGCGGAGCUCCGGCGCAUCAUGGCGGCUGGCCGGGGUCAGACCUCUUCCUCGGAACAAGCCUGGCUUGAGGAUGCCCAGGUCUUCAUCCAAAAGACCCUGUGUCCAGCUGUCAAGCAGCCUAAUGUCCAGUUGACUCCAUUGGUAAUUGAUUGUGUGAAGACUGUCUGGUUGUCCCAGGGAAGGAAUCAAGGUUCUACACUGCCCCUCAGCUAUAGCUUCGUCUCAGUACAGGACCUCAAGACUCACCAGCAUCUCCCAUGCUGUAGCCAUCUGUCCUGGAGCAGUACUGCAUACCAGGCCUGGGCCCAAGAGGCUGGACCAAAUGGAAACCCCCUGCCCCGAGAGCAGCUGUUGCUUUUAGGGACACUAACAGACCUACGGGGGGACUUGGAACAAGAGUGCAGGAAUGGAAGCCUCUAUGUGAGAGAUAACACUGGCGUCCUGAGCUGUGAGCUCAUCGACCUGGACCUUUCUUGGUUGGGCCAUCUUUUUCUGUUCCCCCAUUGGAGUUACCUCCCUCCUGCCAGGUGGAAUUCCUCAGGGGAGGGGCACUUGGAGCUGUGGGAUGCCCCUGUGCCAGUGUUUCCUUUGACCGUCAGUCCUGGCCCGCUCACUCCUAUCCCUGUCCUCUACCCAGAAAGUGCUUCCCGCCUGCUCAGGCUCAGAAACAAGCUCAGAGGUGUGCAGCGAAACCUGGCUGGGAAUCUGGUUCGAUUGAGUGCUCUGGUGAAAAGUAAGCAGAAAGCUUACUUCAUCCUGUCUCUUGGUAGAUCAGACCCAGCUGACACCCACGUGUCUGUCAUCGUGCAGGUCCCUGCCCAGCUGGUGUGGCACAGAGCCCUUCGGCCUGGUACAACCUAUGUGCUGACAGAACUGCGAGUGUCCAAGAUCCGUGGUCAGCGCCACCAUGUUUGGAUGACCAGUCAGUCGUCCCGUUUGUUGCUGCUGAAACCAGAACAUGUGCAGGAGCUGGAACUGGAGCUGGAAGGACCCCUCUUAGAGGCUGAUCCCAAGCCACUCCCCAUGCCCAGCGUUUCCGAGGACGAGAACAAUCCAAAAGGUCUUGUCCGGUAUUCUAGACUCCUAUCCUAUUCGGGAGCAGUCACUGGCGUGUUGAAUGAGCCAGCUGGCCUCUAUGAGCUGGAUGGGCAGCUGGGACUCUGCCUUGCCUACCAGCAGUUCCGUGGCCUCAGGCGGGUGAUGCGACCAGGAGUGUGUCUGCAGCUCCAGGAUGUUCACCUGCUCCAGUCAGUGGGUGGGGGCACAAGAAGGCCAGUGCUCGCCCCCUGCCUCCGUGGCGCUGUUCUGCUUCAAAGCUUCUCUCGUCAGAAGCCUGGGACUCACUCAUCCCGUCAAGCCUACGGGGCCUCCCUGUAUGAGCAGUUGGUGUGGGAAUGUCAGUUAGGACUUCCCCUCUACCUGUGGGCUACCAAGGCCCUGGAGGAGCUGGCCUGCAAGCUGUGUCCCCAUGUGCUGAGACACCACCAGUUCCUGCAGCAUUCCUCUCCUGGGAGCCCCGGCCUGGGACUGCAACUCCUGGCUCCUACCCUGGAUCUUCUAGCUCCGCCAGGCAGCCCUGUUCGGAAUCCACACAGUGAGAUCCUUGAAGAGCCACAUCACUGUCCCCUCCAGAAAUACACUCGGCUGCAGACUCCCUCCUCCUUCCCCACUCUGGCCACCCUGAAAGAGGAAGGACAGUGUAAGGCCUGGGCCUCCUUUGACCCUAAGGCCCUUCUGCCCCUCCCGGAGGCCUCCCACCUGUCCAGCUGCCAACUCAAUCGCCGCCUGGCUUGGUCCUGGCUCUGUGUGCUGCCCUCUGCCUUCCACCCAGCCCAGGUUUUACUUGGGGUUCUGGUAGCUUCAUCUCAUAAAGGUUGUCUGCAACUUCGGGACCAAAGUGGCUCCUUGCCCUGCCUGCUCCUGGCCAAGCACUCUCAACCCCUCAGUGACCCACGGCUGAUAGGCUGCCUGGUGAGGGCAGAGAGGUUUCAGUUGAUCAUAGAGAGGGACGUGAGAAGCAGCUUCCCUUCCUGGAAGGAGCUGAGCAUGCCAGGCUUCAUCCAGAAGCAGCAGGCCAGAGUCUAUGUCCAGUUCUUUCUGGCUGAUGCCCUGAUCCUGCCUGUGCCCAGACCCUCCCUUCAUUCAGCAACACCCUCAAUACCUCAGACAGAUCCCACCGGCCUGGAGGGACCCCACCUAGGACAGAGCCGACUCUUCCUGCUCUGCCACAAGGAGGCCCUCAUGAAGCGGAAUUUUUGUGUCUCUCCAGGAGCAAGUCCAGAGGUGCCCAAGCCCACCCUCAGUUUCUGUGUGUUGGGGAGCUGGCUUGGGGGCACCCAGAGGAAGGAGGGGACUGGAUGGGGGCUGCCCCAGCCCCAAGGAAAUGACGACAAGGAUCAGAAGGUUCACCUCAUUUUCUUUGGCGCUUCAGUCCGCUGGUUUGAGUUCUUGCACCCGGGGCAAGUGUACCG